GCGCCUGCGCAGUGGCUCCGAGCGGGCGGUUGCUUGUUGGUUGUUGUAGUAACGGGGGAAGCAGCCUUCGGCGGCUGCGUUGAUUCCGGCUGGGGAAGGAGGAGGGAGGUGAAGCAGAGCGUGGUCCCCGCCUGCCGGCCCCGAGCCGUGAGAAGAUGAGACAGGAGUCUGUGCCAUCCAAAUCGUUUGAUCCAGUGAGACUGCAAGGAAGAAAGGUCUCUGAGGCCUCUGUCUGCUGACUGUAUGACAGACCCCAAAGGAAAUGCCAGUUGUGAUGGCCCGGGACCUGGAGGAGACAGCAUCAUCCUCAGAGGAUGAGGACCUGGUAAACCAAGAGGAUCACCCAUGUAUUAUGUGGACUGGAGGCUGCAGGAGAAUUCCAGUUUUGGUUUUCCAUGCUGAGGCUAUUUUGACAAAGGACAACAAUAUUCGAGUAAUUGGAGAACGUUAUCAUUUGUCUUAUAAGAUUGUGAGAACGGACAGUCGCCUGGUGCGAAGCAUUCUGACAGCCCAUGGAUUUCAUGAAGUUCACCCGAGCAGCACUGACUAUAACUUGAUGUGGACAGGAUCCCACCUAAAGCCCUUCUUACUUCGAACCCUCUCUGAAGCACAAAAGGUUAAUCACUUCCCCAGGUCUUAUGAACUAACCCGCAAGGACCGACUGUACAAAAACAUCAUUCGGAUGCAGCACACGCAUGGAUUCAAGGCCUUUCACAUCCUCCCUCAGACCUUUCUCCUGCCAGCCGAGUAUGCCGAGUUCUGUAAUUCAUAUUCAAAGGACCGAGGACCUUGGAUAGUAAAACCAGUGGCCUCUUCUAGGGGGCGGGGCGUCUACUUGAUCAACAAUCCAAACCAGAUCUCCCUGGAAGAGAACAUCUUGGUCUCCCGUUACAUUAACAACCCCCUACUCAUAGAUGAUUUCAAGUUUGACGUGCGCCUCUAUGUGCUCGUGACUUCCUAUGAUCCCCUUGUCAUCUAUCUCUAUGAGGAAGGACUGGCUAGGUUUGCAACUGUGCGUUAUGAUCAAGGCUCCAAGAACAUUCGGAACCAGUUCAUGCACCUCACAAACUACAGCGUGAACAAGAAGAGUGGAGACUAUGUGAGUUGUGAUGAUCCAGAAGUGGAGGAUUAUGGGAACAAGUGGAGCAUGAGUGCCAUGCUUAGGUACCUGAAACAAGAAGGCAAGGAUACAACUGCAUUGAUGGCCCAUGUGGAAGACCUGAUCAUUAAGACAAUAAUCUCUGCUGAACUAGCUAUCGCCACUGCCUGUAAAACCUUUGUUCCACACCGCAGCAGUUGUUUUGAACUGUAUGGCUUUGAUGUGCUCAUAGAUAAUACUCUGAAGCCAUGGUUGUUGGAAGUGAAUCUCUCUCCUUCUUUGGCCUGUGAUGCUCCUCUGGACCUAAAGAUUAAAGCCAGUAUGAUCUCAGAUAUGUUCACUGUUGUAGGAUUUGUGUGCCAAGAUCCUGCCCAGCGGGCAUCCAACCGGUCACUUUAUCCCAGUUUUGAGUCUUCCAGGCGGAACCCUUUUCAGAAACCUCAGCGCUCCCGUCCGCUCUCUGCCAGUGAUGCAGAAAUGAAAAACCUUGUGGCCUCAGCCCGGGAGAAGGUACCGGGGAAGUUAGGCGGUUCUGUGCUUGGUCUGUCAAUGGAGGAGAUCAAAGUUCUCCGGAGGGUGAAGGAGGAGAAUGAUCGAAGAGGAGGGUUUAUUCGCAUAUUUCCUACAUCUGAGACAUGGGAAAUAUAUGGGUCCUACCUUGAACACAAAACCUCCAUGAACUACAUGCUGGCAACGCGCCUGUUCCAGGACAGGGGAAACCCCAGAAGGAGCUUGCUGACAGGAAGAGCAAGAGUGACUACGGAAGGAGCACCAGAGCUAAAGGUGGAGAGCAUGAACUCCAAGGCCAAGCUGCAUGCUGCUCUUUAUGAGAGGAAGCUACUGUCUCUGGAGGUGCGAAAACGUAGACGACGGAGUGGCAGAUUGAGGGCAAUGAGGCCAAAAUACCCAGUGAUUACCCAACCAGCUGAAAUGAAUAUUAAAACCGAGACAGAGAGUGAAGAGGAGGAAGAAGUUGGAUUAGACAAUGAAGAUGAAGAGCAGGAAGCUUCCCAGGAGGAGUCUGCAGGGUCUCUUGGAGAAAAUCAAGCCAAGUACACACCUUCAUUGACUGUUAUAGUAGAAAAUUCACCCAGAGACAAUGCCAUGAAAGUUGCUGAGUGGACUAAUAAAGGUGACCCGUGCUGCAAACUCGAGACUCAAGAGCCGGAGUCUAAAUUUAAUCUGAUGCAGAUUCUCCAGGACAAUGGCAAUCUAAGCAAAGUGCAGGCCCGGUUAGCAUUCUCUGCCUAUCUUCAGCAUGUGCAAGUCCGUCUGACAAAAGACAGUGGUGGUCAGACCCUCAGUCCCAGCUGGGCUGCCAAGGAGGAUGAACAGAUGGAACUAGUGGUUCGUUUUCUCAAGCGAGCAUCAAGUAACCUCCAGCACUCACUGAGGAUGGUGUUACCAAGUCGGCGGUUGGCACUUCUGGAGCGCAGAAGAAUUCUUGCCCACCAGCUAGGUGACUUUAUCGUUGUGUACAACAAGGAAACAGAACAAAUGGCUGAAAAGAAAUCAAAGAAGAAACUCGAAGAAGAGGAAGAAGAUGGAGUGAAUGCAGAAAGCUUUCAGGAGUUUAUCCGACAAGCAAGUGAGGCUGAACUGGAAGAGGUGUUGACAUUUUAUACCCAAAAAAACAAGUCUGCCAGUGUCUUCCUGGGGACUCAUUCUAAAAGUUCUAAGAACAACAGUAGUUACUCUGAUAGUGGAGCAAAAGGUGAUCACCCCGAGACAAUACAAGAAGUGAAAAUAAAGCAACCCAAACAGCAACAGGCAACAGAAAUUCACUCCGAUAAAUUAUCUCGUGAGUGCUUGAAACACACAUUGCUCUCUGAUAUACCUCUAAAAGAAAAUCAGUCCUCAGGAUUUACCACCUCAGCAGGAAAAGAGGCUAAACUAGUGUAUACCAAUUGUUCUUCUUUCUCGGGCCCUGCUGCUGUGCUUCUGCAGAGACUCCCCAGCACCCAUCUGUCAUCUAUCAUCACAACCUCUGCCCUUUCCUCAGGCCCUGGCCACCAUAAUUCUUUAUCUCAAAUUUCUCCAGCCAUCCCCAGCAUGCCUCACCAGUCAGCACUUUUACUGAACCCCGUCCCUGACAAUGCCUCUCCUGCGAUGCACCCUGGGACCCAGAACGUGAGCCCCGCUGGGCUGCCGCGCUGUCGAUCAGGCAGCUACACCAUUGGCCCCUUUUCCUCUUUCCAAAGUGCCGCACACAUCUAUAGCCAGAAACUGUCUCGUCCCUCGUCAGCAAAGGCAGCAGGGUCAUGUCACCCACAUAAGCAUCAUUCAGGAAUAGCCAAAACACAAAAAGAGGGUGAAGAUGUUUCAUUCAACAGAAGGUACAACCAAAGUCUGGUUACGGCUGAGCUGCAGCGACUCGCGGAGAAGCAGGCAGCCAGGCAGUAUUCUCCAGCCAGUCACAUCAGUCUCCUGACCCAGCAGGUAACAAACCUGAAUUUGGCCAGCAGUGUCAUAAACAGAAGCAGUGCGUCAACUCCUCCUACCCUUCGGCCUGUCAUCAGUCCUAGUGGCCCGACAUGGUCUAUACAGUCAGACCUCCACGCUCCUGAGAACCACUCCAGCCCCCCUGGAAGCAGGUCAGGCGUGGGAGAGCUCUGCUUAUCAAAUAGCAUAAUGCCUCUUCCAAUUGGUCUGAGGAAUGCAAGUAAGAACAAUAGGGGCCUCCAGACAGGUGGCUUUGCCUGGGAGGGCGAGGUAGAGAACAACGCGUACAGCAAGGCUACAGGGGUGGUCCCCCAGCACAAGUACCACCCCACAGCAGGCAGUUACCAACUCCAUUUUGCUCUCCAGCAACUCGAGCAGCAAAAACUUCAGUCCCGGCAACUUCUGGACCAGAGUCGAGCCCGGCACCAGGCAAUCUUUGGCAGCCAGACACUACCUAACUCCAGUUUAUGGACAAUGAAUAAUGGUCCAGGCUGCAGAAUUUCAAGUGCCACAACUGGUGGCCAGAAGCCAAACACCCUGCCACAAAAAGUGGUGGCACCUCCAAAUUCGUCCACCUUGGUCUCCAAGCCCCCAUCCAAUCACAAGCAAGUGCUCAGAAAGCCGGCAUCCCAGAGGGCUUCCAAAGGGUCCUCUGCAGAAGGGCAGCUCAACGGACUCCAGAGCAGCCUUAACCCUGCAGCCUUCAUGCCGAUCACAAACUCCACAGGAUCUUUGGAAGCUCCCCAAGUUAUUUUCGCAAGAUCCAAACCCUUACCCACACAGUCUGGAGCCCUUGCUACAGUUAUAGGACAGAGAAAAUCAAAGUCGGUGAAGUCAGGGACAAUUUAAGAUCCUGCUCACACUGACAGAUGAACCGGAGACUCCAAGGAAGAACCUGCUGCGCGCUCGCCCCGGGGAGCUUGGCAGAGGGAGCUAAGCCUCCGGUGCUGUGAGGGGGCCAUAGUAUUUUUUUUGCUGCCUCUGAAUCCCCAAGGCCUUUAAGCAGAAGUGACAGCAGAUGCUUGCCAUCAGCCAAACCAUACUUUUACCAGGACAACAGGGAAACAGACCCUCUGGGUUUGGAUGAGAAUUGGCAGUGGGGACUCUCACCUGAUGCGUUGUGUCCCAGUCAGAGCACCUUUCAGAGUGUGCCUUUCCCUGCCCUCCCCCUCCCCCACCCUGCUAGGUCCCUUCUGCCUCUCCUCCUGCUGCUCACAGAUGGUAUAAAAGAGGCUCUUUGGCUAUUUGCAUCUGGCUUUCGCUUCUUUUCCAGAUUGAAAUAUUAAGUUUAUUUUAUUUUGUACAAGCUUCAGAUCCCAACAUCAACCACCAAACUUGAUCUUCCCUUUCCCGAGUGUGGGGGUGGCAGGUGGGCGGCUGCCAUGGUACAGGCGCCAUUUGGAAUUACUGACUUCUAAGAUUAAUAAAGUAAUUCAACUUUU